AUGCUCACGGCUUCUAUGGCGAUGGGCGGUCGGUGGUUCCACAAAUUCCUCGAAUUGAAAAAGGUAUACCUGCUGGAGCAGUUACACCUCUGUUUGAAAACACUUCUUCUCCAACCCGGAAUUAUCCCUCAGUUGUUUCAGGGUUUGAUCCUAACGACCGCAACCAUUGGCGUGCGGAUCCUGUUGCUCGCGUUGGAACGCACCAUUCAUCAACUAUCCGUGGAUGUCAACCAUCCCAUUGGUCUGGUGAUCCAUGUGCGGCGGGAACCCCAGCCUUUCAUUCCUACGCCCAGUCUUGUGAACAACAAAGUGCACCACGACCCGUUUGUGAAUGGCAAACACCCUCCACACAAUCCCCCGUGGUCGAGGCACAUCACACCUCUGAUUAUGACGUUCGUGUUCCCAUGGAUUCUUCCUCUGUACGUACGUAUCCCACCACCGUUCCUUUUGCGCCAAAUUAUGCAAACAUCCCUCACACAAGUAGUGUCCGUGAUGUGA